GACAGCCAGUAAAAACCCAUGUUUUCCAUUUGUUAAGUAUUUCUUUCUUUGUUUCUGUUGUUCUCCUAAUUUUUACUAUUUAACAUGUAAACAAAGACUGAAACAUUAGCGGAACUAAUCUUCUCUUGCUGUGGUUCCGCGGGGACCUGUUUCCGGGCGGAGCAUCGCUUCAUCAUGCCCACAGACACGAAGCGUGUUCGCGGUCCUGAAGUGUCUCAGAGCCCGGUUCUGUUCGGGUGCAGGCCCGCAGAUGUUCCUCCCUCGCACGGCCCCCGAGCGGACGGCCGUCAGCGGGACCAGGUGGACGUCCGGCCGGUGUUUGUGCGCUGCGGCCUGGUGAGCCAAGCUAACGGCUCCGCGUACAUCGAGGCCGGAAACACCAAACUAAUGUGCUGCGUUUACGGACCGCGGGAAACCGAGCGGAAAGAUGAGACCGACAUGAAAUGUGGAAGACUGAGCACUGACAUGCGUCUGGCUCCGUUCUCCUGCCCGGUGCGGGGCUCCUGGAUCCAGGGGAGCCAGGACAGGGACCUGUGUGUGAUGCUGUAUGAGAGCCUGCAGCCGGCUGUGUGCCUGCACAGGUACCCUCGCUCUCAGAUCGAGGUCAGCGUCAUGGUUCUGGAGAACGGCGGCUCGGUCCUGGCCCACGCCGUCACCUGUGCCUCCCUGGCGCUGGCGGACGCAGGGAUCGAGAUGUACGACCUGGUUCUGGGCUGCUCCCUCCGUCAGGACGGGGACUCGUACGUGGUGGACCCCACGUACUCUGAGGAGACGGGCUGCAGGUCGGGCGGCGGUCUGACGGUGGCCUUCCUGCCCAGUCUGAACCAGAUCUCUGGGCUGCAGUCGGACGGGGAGAUGUCUGAGGAGACUCUGGCUGCAGGAGUCCGGACCUGCAUGGAGGGAUGUUACAAACUGUACCCGGUCAUCCAGCAGGCCCUGAUCCAGGCUGUCCGCCGGGCCGCUGCCCCUCCGUCAGAGAGCUGAGACCCUGCAGGUUUAGAGACAUCCUGGUUCCUGACAUGUUGAAUAAAAUAAAGUUUAUUUCCAGCUGUCA